GUAGUAUAAUAUUUGUUAUAAUGCUGAAGACAUUUCGUGGAGCCUGGUUAGCCAAUGUCCAAUUUCAACAAAUUCGAUUGGAGCACAGAAUUAGAGGCAAAGCCCCAAUAUAUUGCAGAACUAUAAAAGAACGUUUAGACGAGUUAAAUAACAAUGAUGAAGUUUAUACUACUAGAAUCGAUAUAGGAAUGCCACCUGCAAAAAAGACAUCAAAUUUACGCACAGAGCGAUUAGAGCAUGUAAAAAAAUUGAAAAAUGAUAAAAAUUUAGAACAAUUGGCAAGAAAUCAUUCAUUAGACAUUGAUUUAUCUGAAGCAAGGAAGGACUGGCUAAAAUCUAAUUCGCCAUAUCAUAAGAGACAAAUUAUUGAACACUAUGGUAUAUUUGAGCAUUUAUAUGGAGAAGGUUACUUUAUCCCAUUUAUAAAUUUGGAUAUUCAGUUCAAACUUAAUGAUGAUUUGUUCUUGCCUGUUUGUUGUGGCAAUGUAAUUAAACCUUCUGAAGCAUUGGAGUAUCCUACAGUUAGUUAUGAAUCUGAUGGUGCUUCACUCUGGACCCUUGCUCUGACUAGUUUAGAUGGACAUUUAACGGAGGGUGACAAGGAGUAUGUGCAUUGGUUGGUAGCCAACAUUCCGGGAGAUGCUAUUGAGAAAGGUGAUACACUUGUGGAGUAUUUACGUCCAUUUCCAGUAAAAGGAACUGGAUACCAUAGAUAUGUGUUUGUGUUGUACAAGCAGGAAGGGAAAAUAUCAUAUGAUCUAGAUAAAGUGAAUGUGUCAUCACCUCUGAAGAACAGGACAUUUGUGACUAGGGAUUGGUAUAAACAAUACCAGGACAUGAUAACUCCAACAGGACUAGCAUUUUUCCAGUGCGAUUGGGAUGACAGUGUUAAAGAUUACUUUCACAACACAUUGAAGAUGAAAGAGCCAAUCUACGAAUAUGACUUCCCAGCACCAUACAUAAGGCCGCAAGAAUGGUUCCCUCGCCGCAAACCAUUCAAUCUCUACAUGGAUAAAUAUCGGGAUCCAAAGGAAAUAAAUAAGGAGUAUGUACUGAGAAAACUGAAAAAUGAGGACCCAUUUAAAAAGCCACCACCACCAUUGCGUUUUCCUAAUGCCCAUCCAUUCCCGAGAAAUAUGCCAUCAUGGUUAAGACUUCACGAAAAGAAGAUCAGACUAGGCUGGGGCAGAGUAAAUGAAAUCUAGUGUGUUGAAGAGGUUAAACUAAUUAAAUAUAGAGGUAGUUAAAAUUUUUAGAUAA